AUGGAGACAAAAUGUGGAAGAAAAAGAGUAGAGGAAGUGAGGAGAAAGCUGGGUUUCGAUUGCAGCUUUGUGGUAGACAGCAGAGGUCUCAGUGGAGGUCUAGCUUUUAUAUGGAAAGACAGAAUGGACUUCAGCUUAGAGAACUAUUCCCAAAGCCACAUUUCGAUGAACUUGUCUCACCAGGAGAGUAGACAGCAGAUAAUGCUUACUGGCUUCUAUGGUUCUCCUGAAACAGCUAGGAGAGGAGACAGUUGGAACUUAUUGGAAAGAAUUAGUCCUAAGGAAAACAAAUCGUGGCUAUGCUUUGGAGACUUUAAUGAGAUAUUGUAUCACCAUGAAAAAGUAGGUGCAGCCAGCAGACCAAAUUCUCAGAUGGAUGCCUUCAGAAGCAUGGUGGACAGGUGUGGAUUAAGUGACCUGGGCUAUGAAGGAUCAAAAUAUACCUGGAGCAAUAAUAGAGAGGGAAUCCAGUUCACCAAAGAAAGACUGGAUAGAGCCCUGGGAAACUUACUGUGGACUAGAUUAUUUUGUGAAUGCAGUGUCAAUGCUCUAGCAGCUCAAACCUCUGACCAUUGCCCAUUAUUGAUCAAUGCAAGAAGAAGAAUAAGAUGGGGACCACUUAUGGAGACUAAAAGAGAGAAGAUUUUCAGAUUCGAGGCAAGCUGGAACCUUCAUGAAGCAUGUAACAACAUCAUUACAUCCAGCUGGUCUAACCAAGAUUCUCAACAAGGCUUUAAGAUACAUUCAGUCAUGAGGAAGCUAAACAAAUGUAAGGACUCUCUAAAACUCUGGAGCUUAACUCUCAGGAAAGAAAGGAGGGAUAUUCAAACCAAAAUGAACCAACUUUCCAAGAUGCAAGACUCGAGCACUGGUUCAAACACAGCAGCUAUCAAGGCCCUAAAAAAGGAUCUAUUUAAUUCCUCAGACCCAAGGGGUGUGGAUGAAUGUUUGAGUCAUGUCCAUCAUAGGGUGGAUAGAGAAAUGAAUUCCAAGCUGUCAAAACAGUUUACAGCAGGAAGAGGAGAGGAUAUCACAAAAGCAGCUCUGGAAGUCUUAAAUGAAGGUGGUGAGAUUGCUCCUAUUAAUAGUACAUUCAUUGUCCUGAUACCAAAAGUCAAAAACCCCCAAAAAGUCCUGGAUUUUAGGCCUAUCUCGCUUUGCAAUGUCAUCUACAAAGUGGUUUCAAAAGUUCUCUCCAACAGGCUGAAGGAGAUCCUUCCUCGCAUCAUUGCUCCUACUCAAAGUGCUUUUGUACCCGGGAGGAUGAUCCUUGACAAUGUCAUAGUAGCUUUUGAAACUCUUCAUUCUAUGUCCAUUAAAGGCAAAGGGCAACAAGGCUACAUGGCUAUCAAAUUAGACAUGAGCAAGGCCUAUGAUAGAGUGGAAUGGGAGUUUUUGAGGAAGGUCAUGGUUAAAAUGGGUUUCAACAGUAGAUGGGUAAACCUUGUUAUGCAAUGUAUCUCUACUGUAUCCUACUCUAUUCUUGUUAAUGGAAACCCUCAAGGCAGCUUCAAUCCAUCAAGGGGAAUAAGACAGGGAGAUCCCCUCUCCCCCUACUUGUUCAUAUUGGUUUCUGAGGUGUUAAGCAGUUUACUGAACCAUGCUGAAGUUUCCAAAGUGAUACACGGUUUUCAAAUCUCUAGAGGGAAGCUGAGCAUCAACCACUUAUUCUUUGCAGAUGACAGCCUGCUCUUCUGCCGAGCUAAUGCUAGAGAAUGGUUCUCUAUCCAUCUUCUGUUAAACAUCUAUGAAGAAGCCUCUGGCCAGAAACUUAACAAGACAAAAACAUCUAUCUUCUUCAGCCCAAACACAAGGCCAGCAACUAAAGAAUAUAUUUUGAGCCUGGCAGGUACUAGAUCAUCAUCUUGUUAUGAAAAGUAUCUUGGUUUACCAGCUCUCAUAGGUAGAUCCAAGAAUGCAGCCUUCAAGAGUAUCAUCGACAGAAUUAAGUCAAGAGUAGGAAAUUGGAAGGACAAGCUCCUUUCUCAUGCAGGCAAGGAGAUACUCCUCAAGGCUGUGAUACAGGCCCUCCCUACUUACUGCAUGGGGGUCUUUAAGCUGCCUAAAUCCUUGCUGAGUGAUAUCAACAGAGUCAUGUAUCAAUUUUGGUGGGGCCAUCUACAAAAUGAGAAGAAGGUGCAUUGGGUGUCUUGGGCACAGAUGGGUAAAUCGAAAGCUGCAGGAGGAGUGGGUUUUAGAGGCCUUGAGUAUUUUAAUCUGGCUUUAUUGGCAAAGCAAGGGUGGAGACUUGUUCAAUACCCUACAUCUCUAGCUGCUCAAGUCCUUAAAGCUAAGUAUUACCCACAGCAUGAUUUCUUCCAAGCCAAGGUGGGACAUAGACCAUCUUUCAUAUGGAGGAGCUUCUGUGCUGCAAAAGGAGUUCUGUUAAAGGGCUCUAUAUGGCGUAUUGGAAAUGGUCAGAAAACUAGCAUCUGGAAAGACAGGUGGUUGCCUCAACCUACUACAUAUAUGGUUCAGUCUCCAAUACAUAUCCUGCAGGGAGAUGAAAAGGUGGAAAGAUUGAUAAACAGAGAGACCAAGCAGUGGGACAGGGGUUUGGUCACAGAUGUAUUUGAUGCUACUACAGCUGCAGUAAUUCUAAAAAUCCCCAUAAGCUCCUCGAGUAUGGAAGACAAACUAGUUUGGCUGGGCACCAGAGAUGGCUCUUUCACUGUCAAGAGUGCAUAUCAUAUGCAGAAAGAGGCAAUUGAAAUGCUCAAAGAACAGCCAUCAGGAGGGACACAGAAACAGAAAAGCUGGACUGAUUGUUGGAAGUUGCAGAUUCCUAAUGCCACAAAGACUUUCCUAUGGCGUGCAUGUCUUGAGUCACUUCCUACCAUGCUCAACCUAUCUAAGAAGAAGAUAGUGGAGUCCCCUUCAUGUCCCAUAUGCUGCAGGGAAGAGGAGUCUACCAUCCAUGCUCUAUGGAACUGCAGUUCUGCAAUGGAUGUGUGGUGUCAGGGCCCUAUAUCCUUUCAGAAGAGCUCUCUGAGGGAAGUCAAUUUCAAGGACCUCUAUGAACAUAUCUCUGAGCAGUGUGAUCAGAAGCUUAUUGAAAUGUUCUCAGAAUUCAAGACAGUUCAGAUUGGAAAGGUGCAUGCGACUCAAGUGGCCUCUAUACAUCCAUCCGUGUGGAUCCCUCCUCCAACAAAUUGUGUCAAAAUCAACUGGGAUGCAGCUGUGAACGUGCCUCAAGAUAGAGUUGGUAUAGGUCUGGUAGCCAGAGACCAUGAGGGGUCCAUUCUGGUCACAAAGAAACUCUCACUAUCCAGCUUGACAGAACCUGCUUUGGCUGAAGCCUCAGGAGCCUUCCAUGCGGCUAACUUGGCAAAGGACAUGGAGUUUAGAUCGGUUAUCUUGGAAGGAGAUGCUUUACAGAUCGUGAAUGGAAUCAACCACCAUGCUGAAAGAUGGGAUAGAGUGGGUAUGGUUUUAUUAGACACAAGGGUGCUGCUGUCUAGUCUAGCUCAGUGGAAAGUAUCUUUUGUCAGAAGAGGUGGUAACCAGGUUGCUCAUGAUCUAGCUAAGGAGUCCUUAGAACUAGCUGAGAACUCGGUUGUUUUGGUCACUAGACCUCCUUGUAAUCAUGUUCCUUCUCUCCCUUAA